AUGCAGAGGAAUCGGGGGCCGGCGUGGGCUCGAAGGGUCCUGCUGCUCAGUAUCCUUGGGGCCGUGGGACCCCUGGCCUCCCCAGGAGCCUCCCUGCCUCGGCGUCUCCCAAGAGCCACAGGAAACGGCACCCAGUGCGCUCUGUCGCCCUCCUCCGACUUUCCCGAGGGCUUCUUCACGCCCCAGGAGCGUGCGGACGGCGGCAUCGUCAUCUGCAUCCUCCUCAUCCUCUACAUGUUCCUCGCGGUGGCUGUCGUCUGUGACGAGUACUUCCUGCCCUCCCUGGAGAUGAUCAGUGAAACCCUCGGAUUAUCUCAGGAUGUUGCGGGCGCAACCUUCAUGGCAGCGGGUAGCUCUGCUCCUGAAUUAGUUACUGCCUUUCUAGGUGUAUUUAUCACAAAGGGAGACAUCGGCAUCAGCACCAUUCUGGGCUCUGCAAUUUAUAACCUGCUUGGCAUCUGUGCCGCCUGUGGCCUGCUCUCUAACGUGGCCUCACCGCUGUCCUGCUGGCCCCUGCUCAGAGACUGCGCAGCAUACGCCGUGAGCGCAGCGGCGGUUUUUGCUGUAAUAUUUGACAAUCAAGUUUACUGGUAUGAAGGAAGCUUACUGCUUCUGAUAUAUGGACUCUACGUUUUGGUGCUGUGUUUUGACAUUAAAAUUCAGCAAUACAUUCUACGGAACUGUAGUCCUUGCUGCGGCCGUCUUGCCAGAGCUAUGGAGGAGAGAGGCGAGCAGGCGCUGGCAGGCUGGGAGGAGGAGGGUCAGCCCCUGGCUCGCCGGCAGUCCAGAACCGACAGCGGGAUAUUCCAUGAGGACUCUGGCUACUCCCAGCUCUCCAUUGGUUUGCACGGUCUCGGUCAAGUUUCUGAAGACCCACCAAGUGUUUUCCACAUGCCUGAAGCAGACUUUAAAAGGAUUUUCUGGGUAUUAUCCCUUCCUAUCAUUACAUUACUUUUUCUAACAACACCAGACUGCCGAAGAAAGUUUUGGAAAAACUACUACAUGAUAACCUUUCUCAUGUCGGCACUGUGGAUAUCUGCCUUUACCUACAUCCUGGUCUGGAUGGUCACUGUGACCGGGGAAACGCUGCAGAUCCCAGACACAGUGAUGGGCCUCACCCUGCUGGCCGCAGGAACCAGCAUUCCAGAUACAGUGGCUAGCGUGCUGGUGGCCAGAAGAGGGAAGGGAGACAUGGCCAUGGCUAACGUCGUGGGGUCCAACGUGUUCGACAUGCUGUGCCUCGGGCUUCCCUGGCUCAUGCACGCCGCGCUGGUCGGCAUGUCCGCGCCCGCAGCCGUGCACAGCGGAGGACUCGCGUACGUCACCGUCUCCCUCGGCAUUUCCAUUCUUUUUCUUUUUCUAGCGGUUCAUUUUAAUGGCUGGAAGCUAGACAGAAAGUUGGGAGGAGCCUGCCUAUUACUGUACGUGGUACUCGCUACACUGUCAGUUCUGUAUGAACUGGGAAUUGUUGGCAAUAAUAAAAUAAAAGGUUGUGGAGACUGAUUUUAUUAAUAGUGUCAUGUGGAAAAUAUAAAUGGGAGAACAUGGAAAAAUCCCUUUAAGUCAAAUAAAAAAACAUCCUGAACUUCAUUAUCUAACACUCAUAGUAAUUCUUUAUGCUAACAAAAAGUACCUUAAAACCAAUCAAAAUCAUACUCUAACUAGCCUGAGCCCUUCUUUUCAUGGACAACUAUAUAUUAUAAAACAAAAAUUUUGAAAAACCACCCAUCUUUACUUUCCAAUAAAUUGAUAAAAGCUGGGGCAACCAAAACAAACAAACCCUACUAUGCCAUAGUGAAAAAAGGAAAACGGCUUAUUUCUUUAAAAACAGUAUAACCAUUCAUUUAAACUGAAUGAGCAGACUUGCUGUUUGUAGAAACCCAACAUAAGAUGAACCAAAACAAA